AAAUAGCAAGUAGUUUCGGGCAAGUUCCAUCAUGGCGUCGGCGGCUCGUACGUUGCCGUUGUUUUUCGUGUUCGCCGUGCUGGCGUUGCUGCCCGUGACGGAGGCGUCACACCGCAGCUUCGCUGACCUUCAGUCCCUCGAGACCGUCGAUGCCAAGCACGUCGACGACAAGCUGCGUACUGGCUUUCACUUCCAGCCCCCUAAGCAUUGGAUCAACGAUCCUAAUGGCGUGAUGUACUACAAGGGUGUGUAUCACCUGUUCUACCAGUACAACCCCAAGGCAGCGGUGUGGGGCAACAUCGUGUGGGCGCACGCUGUGUCGACAGACCUCGUCAACUGGGUGAUGCUCGAUCCGGCGAUCUACCCGACGGGGCCGUUUGACGAGAACGGCUGCUGGUCGGGCUCCGCCACCGUGCUGCCAGACGGCACGCCGGUCAUCAUGUACACCGGGAUCGACGCGGAUGGCCGGCAGGUGCAGAACGUGGCCUACCCCAAGGACCUCGCCGACCCCUACCUCCGGGAGUGGGUCAAGCCGGACUACAACCCCGUCAUCGCCCCCGAUGCCGGCGUCAACGCCACCGCCUUCCGCGACCCGACGACGGCGUGGCAGGGCCCUGACGGCGUGUGGCGGCUGGUGAUUGGCACAAAGGACAACCACCGUGGCUUCGCCGCGCUGUACCGUAGCCGCGACUUCAGGCACUGGGCGCCCGCGCGCCGCGCGCUGCACUCUGGCGACACUGGCAUGUGGGAGUGCCCGGACUUCUACCCUGUCGCCUCCUCCACAGGCGGCACGAAGCAUGUCCUCAAGGUCAGCCUCGAUCUCACACGGUUCGAGUACUACACGUUCGGGGAGUACGACCACGCCUCUGACACGUACGUGCCGGACGCGGCACUCGCCGACGGCAACGACGGCCUCCGCUACGACUACGGGAACUUCUACGCGUCCAAGACGUUCCUCGACCCGGCGAAGCAUCGCCGCGUGCUAUGGGGGUGGGCCAACGAGUCCGACUCCACCGCCGCCGAUGUCCUCAAGGGCUGGGCCGGUGUGCAGGCGAUCCCGAGGAAGAUCUGGCUCGCGCCCGACGGCAAGCAGCUCCUGCAGUGGCCGGUCGCCGAGAUCGAGUCCCUCCGCGGCAACCACGUCAACAUCACGGACGCGCUCGUCAGUGGCGGCGGAAGCUACUUCGAGGUGAACGGGCUGGCCACGCCGGCACAGGCCGACGUUGAGGCGUCGUUCCAGGUGAUGGACGUGGACAAGGCCGAGCCGUUCGACCCGGCGUGGCGCGGCGCCGACGCGCAGACAGUGUGCGCGGCGCGCGGCGCAGACACCAAGGGCGGCGUCGGCCCGUUCGGCCUGUGGGUGCUGGCCUCCGACGAGCUCAAGGAAAGGACGGCCGUGUUCUUCAGCGUGUUCAAACGCGGUACCGACGACGGUGGCAACAAGCACGUCGUCCUCAUGUGCACCGACCCCUCCAGGUCAUCGUACGCCGAGCACCUCUACAAGCCAACAUUCGCCGGCUUCGUCGACGUCGACAUCGCCGAGACCGGCAAGAUUCCCCUACGAACUCUGAUUGAUCACUCGGUGGUGGAGAGUUUUGGUGGCCACGGGAAGACGGCGAUCCUGUCAAGGGUGUACCCGACCAAGGCUGUCGGCGACAAGGCGCGCCUCUUCGUGUUCAACAACGGCGAGUCGGACGUCAAGGUCGCCAGCCUGAACGCGUACGACAUGGGCUCGGCCAAGAUCAGGACAGAGACGCUGCAGAUAUGAAGUAAGAGAAAAUAGAUAGGUUUAGGUCAAUACAAAUACCAGCUAUAUAUGCUCACAGUAAUAUUUAGGAAUUAGGUAAAUAUAUAUCAGUAACUAGAUUUGUAAUUUUUUCUUCUUCUACAUAGAUGCUUACUAGCUAAUGUUUGCGUUGAGACACAAUUAAGUUGUUUACCCUCCACAAGAUAAAUAGUGUUACAACAUCUCGAUUUGUACUUUUUCCUUCUAC